GCACCCCGGGUGCAAAUGCUCCCAAAGCCGCACCCCCCCCUUACCAAUCAUUAAUCACUGCUGGGCCGGCAACGCGAGCAACCGGCAAGCAGGAAAAGGCCAAGUCUCCGCAGCCCCGGCGGGAGCAGCGGGAAGCAGUGCUGACCGGUUCCCUGUGGUGGCAGCUCGCUCUCCGACCACCCUUCCCUGGGAGGCCCUGCUGGAGGUGGCCCGUCCUGCACCCACUGCCCUUUCCUUCAGGAAGGUCACUUAGUCCCAGGCACGGGAGGCUCUGGCUACAACUGGGAGCUGCUGGACUACGCCUGAGGUGGGAGCUCUGAAGAGGGAGCUUCUGCCUGGCCGGCACCGCAAUCUUCAUCUCUUCACCAUGGGGCACAAGGGGCUUUGGAGUGCCCUGGAAUACACCUGCCGAUUGCUGGGCAUCUCCACCGCAGCAGUGUUGAUCGGUGUGGGCGUAGAAACGCUGCAGCGAGGACAGUUCAAAAGCCUGGCUUUCUAUCUGCUUUUUUCAGGGGUUGCAGUUACUGUCUGUGAAGGCUUCUUCUUUAUCAGUUUGUUCCUGGAGAUGUGCUUCACAUAUGAGCCCAACUCCCUGGCACAGGCCUGCUGGAAGCGAGCUAGACGCCCGGGGAGCUUCCAGAAAUUCCUGGGGUACACACUGCUAUCGGUGGCUUGCUUCCUGCAUCCCGUCCUUGUCUGGCACGUCACCAUCCCUGGGUCCAUGCUGGUGCUCACUGCCCUGGCCUAUUUCUUGCUGAGCAAGAGGAGGAAGAGCCCAGAGCACAAAGAGACACAUCCUCAGGUGGGCCAGUACGUGGACCCUUCAGCCACUGUGGCAGCCCCAACCGUUGCUGGUGACACUGAGCAGACCUACACCUUCCAUGGGUCCCAGAGGGACCAGCACCGCUCGCUGCUGGGCCACAUGAAGAGCAUCCUAAAGGGCAGCAAGGACAGGAGCCCAGCUCCAGCAGCUCCUGCCCAACCAGCGGCCCCAUUGGCCCCACGCAAGCAAGUGCACUUCCAGGAGAAGGUGGUGCAGAUCAUUCCCUCUGUCAGCGAGAGCUUGGAGGACGUGGAGAGCGAGGCUGAAGAGACGACGUCGGACACAACACCCAUCCUCACCCCUCCCGAUGCCCCCGUCAUCCUCGCUCCCCUCAGCUCCACAGGCCUCUUCUGAGCCCUCAGCAGGAGGAAGGACAGGGCAGACAUGCUACCCCUGCCCCUGGCAUCUCUCCCUGCCACUCUAGCAGCUGAGGGGCCCCGAGAGGCGGCCCUCCUUGCCCUCCCUGCCUCCAGGGUGACAACUGUGUCAGCCCCCUUUUUGAGGGCCUGCUCGCACUACGUGGUCCCACACCUUGUGACAGAGCCAGUGGCUGUCCCCAGCCCCUGCAGCGCCGUGCCCAGGUGACAGGUGGGGGUUCAGCCAGGGUAGUGCCAGCACAGUAAGGUUUCUGCUCCCAUGGCCUCACGUGUGGGUCACCCUCUGUUAUGGCACUACACAUCACAGCAACUGCUCCUGCCUAACUUCACAGCUGUGGUGUGGGCCUCCCACGAGGCAGCAGCAGCAGCAGGAGGAGGGUAGACCGCCGUGCCCCCGGAGCAGCCUCUGCCGUGGGCAGUGUUCUCCCUCCUGCCCUCGCUGUGUGUGGAAGUGCUCAGGGCUGGGACACAGCCAGCACAGGGCACCACAGCCUGCAGGUUCCCUCACAGCAUCUGCACUGGCUGCAGCGGGCCCAGGGCAUCCAAAACGUCAUUUCAGAGGUGUGCUGAGACCAAGCACACCCCUGGGGCUAGCACCCGUGAAGUGCCCUCCCCUGAGACAUGCUCUGAGCCCAGCAGGGAAAUCACCUCUGACCUUGGGGAUAUCUACGCAGGAGCAGGGAGGACCCAGGGUUUUCCUGGUGUCCCCUGCCCGGACAACCCUCUUGGGUUAGAAGAGCUUUGGAAUGAUGUAGCAACUCGGGUCAUGAGGUCCAGCACCGCCUUGGCACAGCAGACCAUGUGUAACUCCCUCUAUGUGUUAAUUAUGGGCUCCAGUGGGCAAAGGCAAUAAUAAAGUUACAAUUCUGUCCCCCCCCAGGCCCCUCCAUGCCAGCUCUUCCCUUAACCCUUCACUUCUGGCUUAAUCCUACCAUAUAUUCUGCCCUUUAAGGACCAUUCACCUAUAGUCAGGCAUUUCUCUCCUGUUCAACUCGUCUCCUUGGCACUCUCCCACCUGAGGACCAAGACUUUCUGCUUCCAGGUGGCAAAUGCCAUCCGUGCCUGGAGAUGUCAUCACCAAGACCCUCUCAGCAGCAUCAAGCAACUCUUUUGGCUGCAGAUGGGAAAGAGCUCAGGUGGCUGGAUUUUCUCAGACACAGCACAUGAGGCUGCACUGUCACCGCUGCUGGCAUGAAGACUUACAACUGCUCUGAGCCAGACACACAAGCAUUGGGGUGAGGUGGUGGUAAGGAGAGAAGAUCCCUGAGACCUGCUUAAACUGUUUAUAAGGUAGAAGCUGGUGGGGCUGGCUGUUUUCCUUGGAAAUACAUUAUUUCUUCUUUUUAAAAUCUCAGCUCUCUGAGUCACAAACACCUUGUUCAUUUAGGAAAGCAGAGUAGUUUGCAGUGUGAAAAUGUGAAGUGUAAGUGUUCAAAAAUCAGAAUGCAAUUGAGAUAAGAACCCAAUGCUACUUUUUAAUAAACUCUUUCUAAGUGACUCCUAAUCUGGGGGAUGGAUGGGGAAGAUAUUGACUCUCAGUCUUUGAUUGCCUGUGUUUAAUAAUGAAACUGUCCACAAGAGAAGCUUCUGAAUGAUUGUACACACUUAUCAUUCCUACAACCCAAAAGCUUUUUGUUGCAUCACCAACAUUUAAAAUGAUAGCUGGUAUCAACCUGUUCUAAGCACGAUAUAUGGAUUAGAGAUCUUCUGGCUGCACAAAUUAAACUACCACCCCAUAAAUGAAUGCUGGGGAAGAGUCACGUACACACCUGCCUUUAGGGUGGUUUUGCACCUGCAAAAAUGUCUUCAGAAAAUUGUGCCCAUUUUUACAGCCUAACACUGCACAACUGAUAGCCACAAGCCCGUGAUCAAGCCACAGCUCCACCCUCAAGCAGGUGUAUUCAUCACAUUAAGAAAUAAAAAUAAAGCUAUUUUAUUCUAAAGUUGGUGGCCAUACAGCAUAGCUGCAUCAACAAAGGUCCUGACCCAGACAUGCUAACAAGGUACCCCCCCUUGCCAACUCCGCCCCAAAAGGCUGCGCUCUGCUAACAGACCUGCUCUCAUAAGCAAGCUCAGCUUUCUGCAUCAUCCAAGGCUCUUCUUUGAACUUUGCAUAAUUAAUUACACACACGGAGAUAAGGUUUGUUGAAAAGGCACUGCUCCCAAUAGA